AGGGCUGUGCCGCCGCCGCCCGAUCUGCACGGGGAAGGCCAUCUGUGGAAAAGAAGAAAGAGGAAAAAAAAUGAAGUACUUAUUCUUAAUAUUUCUCAUGAAUUUAUUACACCAAUAUGCUGGGAAAUCUUUGAGAAGAGAUGGAAGUUCCCUGAAGUCAUUUGAAGACAUUAAGAAUGAGAUAGCCGGCUAUACUAAUAUUGCUAAGGCUAUUAUUGAUCUUGCUGUUCAUGGAAAGGCUCAGAACAGAUCCUAUGAAAGAUUAGCAGUUUUUGCUGACACCAUAGGACCUAGACUCAGUGGUUCAAAAAACUUAGAGGAAGGCAUCAAAUAUAUGUUCAAUGCUCUGAAGAAAGACGGGCUGGAAAAUGUGCAUCUGGAGCCUGUGAAAGUACCACACUGGGAAAGAGGAGAAGAGUUUGCAGUGAUGCUGGAACCAAGGAAUCACAGCAUUGCUAUUUUGGGACUUGGGAGCAGUAUUGCAACUCCUCCAGAAGGAAUUACAGCAGAAGUCAUAGUUGUAGCCUCAUUUGAUGAACUGCACAAACGAGCUCAGGAGGCCAAGGGGAAGAUUGUUGUCUACAAUGAACCUUUCAUCAGUUAUGGUGAAACUGUCCAAUACAGGUUACAGGGAGCAGUGGAAGCUGCUAAAGUUGGAGCAGUGGCAUCCCUCAUUAGGUCUAUUGCUUCUUUUUCUAUUCACAGCCCACAUACUGGGGAGCAGAGUUACCAGCCUGAUGUACCCCAGAUUCCCACUGCUUGCAUCUCUGUGGAAGAUGCUGAAAUGAUGUCACGAAUGUCUCUCCGUGGCACUAAGAUUGUUGUGCACCUGAGGAUGGGAGCUAAGACUUACCCAGACUCUCUAUCCUUUAACACUGUGGCAGAGAUAGUUGGAAGCAAGUACCCAGAGCAGGUUGUAUUGGUCAGUGGACAUCUGGACAGCUGGGACGUUGGGCAGGGAGCUAUGGAUGAUGGUGGUGGAGCGUUUAUAUCGUGGGAAGCGUUAUCACUCAUUAAGGAUCUGGGACUUCGUCCAAAAAGGACACUACGCUUGGUGCUAUGGACAGGAGAAGAGCAGGGAGGAGUGGGUGCUGAGCAGUACUAUCAGCUGCACAAGGAAAAUAUCUCCAACUUUGAUAUCGUUAUGGAGUCUGAUGAGGGCACCUUCAAGCCAUCUGGACUGGGUUUUACUGGCAGUGCUGCAGCCCGGGACAUCGUGAAAGAGAUCAUGACUCUGCUGCAGCCCAUCAAUGCUACGGAUGUUUACGACACUGCAGAUGGAACAGACAUCUCCUACUGGAUGAGAGACGGGGUGCCUGGUGCCAGCUUGCACAGUGACAUCAAUAAAUACUUCUGGUUUCAUCAUUCUCAAGGGGACACGAUGACAGUUCAGGAUCCAAACCAGAUGAAUCUCUGUGCUGCUCUUUGGACUGUUGUCUCCUAUGUAAUUGCUGACAUGGAGGAUAUGUUGCCAAGGUAAUAAAACAGCAAGAAAGAAGAUUUCUGUUCUUCAGUAAAGAUUUUAAGUCCACUAAUGCAUGUGGACUACAGCUGUA